GGUGCAUGCCGGUACCAGCAGGCCGCGGUUAGGCGCUAACGCCGCCGCGGCGGGGCGGGAGGGCGGGAUGCUUCGGCGCCGUCGCCCUUUCAGCCGGGGCUGCGCGGCACUGCCCGGAGCGAUGGUGGGGAAGCGGCGGCGGGCGCCGCGGCGGGAGUCCGUGGGGGCGCGGGUCGGGCUCCCCGAGGAGGCCGCGGUGAACGGCCACGUCCUGCAGUUCUACUUCCACCAGGCCAUGGCGGCCUACCGCGCCGGGCGCAACCGCGACUUCCGACAGCUCCGCGACGUCAUGCAGGCGCUGCUGGUGCGGCCCCUGGAGAAGGAGCUUGUGAUGGCCCGGAUGCUGCGCUUGAUGCAGUUCCUGUCACGAGUCGAGGAAGGCGAGAACCUCGAUUGCACUUUUGAUAAAGAGUCGGAUCUCACCCCUCUGGAAUCAGCAAUCGGUAUCCUGGAGCUCAUUCAUACAGAAUUCUCUGUGACUGAGGAGACAAUGGAAACUCUUCGGGAAAUGGUGAAGGAAGCUGCUGUUAUUGUCUGCAUCAGAAACAGAGAGUUUGAGAAAGCGGCAAAAAUUGUCAAGAGGCAUAUAGGGAAGGAGCCCAGAAGCCAGAAAAAGAAGAACGAGUUACUGACUGUCAUCCGGGACAAGGAUUUCAGUCAUCCAAUGGUCAGAAAUUUCUCUUACAAGAACUUCCAGCAGAGCACAUUUCAAUUCCUGGAGACUUACAUGGACAAUUCGGAGCCCCUGCUGCUAACGAUGAUUAAAAAGAGUUUGAGCUCAGAACAUGUCAAAAGAAGAAGACCCUCAUCAGUGACUCCCAAGUCUGUAAAUGGGUCAAAGGAUGAUUCUCUGGAGCCCUCGGGAAGGGCAAAGAGCCCAGCGGGAGCUCCAGAGCCUGCAGAAACGGCAAAAGACCUGGAGGGAGCUCCCAGCCCUGCAGAAAGGGCAAAUGACCCCACAGCAGCUUCAGAUCUUAUGGAAGGAACUAGUGACUUUGCAACAGCUUCUGAGCCUGUGGAAGGGGAUACUGACCCAGCAGCAACUCCUGAUCAUAUAACAGCAGCAGAUAAUAUUUUGGAAGAUGAAUCAGAGCCUAUGCAAAUAUCUGAAGAAACAGCACCAGCAGUAACUCCAGAACUUCCAGCUGCUGAGCCAGCAGCAACUCCAGAACUUCCAGGAGUGUCUUCCAGGCGCUCAGAAAGGGGGCCUUCUGGAACUGUAACCACGUAUGGCAUUUCUGUUCUGAGAGAAGCUUUCAAGAUCCUGUCCAACUCCCAGGAUUCGGAUGCACUCUUCACCAAACUGGAUGAAACAGACUUUUCUUUCCCCAAGCAACUGUCUCCUUCUGUAUCCCACAGAACCAAGAAACGAAAAGAAGAGGAGAAACAAGAUUCUGACAUCUCAGGCCCUCCUGAAAUUAUCCGUAAGACCAGGCGCUUGUACACCAUAAGCAGACUGGUCAUGGAGGAAGACAGCCAGUGCAUCAAGUUGAGUGAGAGGCCAGACUCUUCCCAGGAGCCAGUUGUAUCUUCUGCUUCCAGACCUGUUCAGAAAUUGCAUGACCAGCCUGUAUCUACCAAAAAUGCCAAGUAUGAAGCCCAUCUCUUGUGGUAUAUUCUAAUAUCCACCCAAUCUUUUGACUUGCAGCUGACAGUUGUAGCAUGAACAAAAACCUUUCUCUCGAAUUCAAGAUGAGUAUAUUGACCAUCCUUGUCUGUUAGCAUAUGUGGAACUGGGCAAUGUGGAACUGGGCAAAGUAAAUGCUUUGUUGUCCUUACGCUUCACUGGUUGGGUAAUGGAGAGGAGAAAAUGAUCCAUUUUCCACUUGGCAGUGAGUCGGGGGUACUGCAGUUGGUACUGGUAGGCAAUUCCAGUGUGCGUAUUGCAGGUAAUGUGUAUUUCUCUGCUCUUUAGUUAGUGAUGCUGACACUGAAAAGAGUUUGUAGGUGUGUCUUGUAGACUGGAUUAAACUCUCCUUUCUCCCUCUUCA